GCGUCGUUUAUUUUUUUUUCUCUCUCUCUCUCUCUCUCUUUUUCUUUCUUAUUGUUGCACCCUUAGCCACACAGCGUACCUCCUCACCCAGCACAAAAGAAUAAGAAGAAAAAAAUGUACAGCGUCGCCAGCCGUAAUUUAGGUAUCAAGGGAGUGUCCCACUGGAACAAGUGCACAGGGUUCCCUCUGCGGGCAGCAAGUCAAAAAGUGCAAGGCCAGGUAAUUGGCAUCGACCUUGGUACGACCAACAGCUGUGUCUCUGUCAUGGAGGGCAAAACCCCUCGCGUGAUUGAGAAUUCAGAGGGCGGACGUACUACUCCAUCCGUUGUGGCCUUUACAAAAGACGGUGAACGUCUAGUCGGCUUACCAGCAAAACGACAGGCCGUAGUCAACCCAGAAAACACAUUGUUUGCCACCAAGCGAUUGAUUGGCCGACGAUUCACUGAUGACGAAGUGCAGCGCGACAUCCAGGCCGUCCCAUACAAGAUCGUGGCACACACGAACGGCGAUGCCUGGGUAGAAGCCCGUGGCCAGAAAUACAGUCCUGCCCAGAUUGGUGGCUUCGUGGUGGGCAAGAUGAAAGAAACAGCCGAAAACUACCUUGGCAAGAAAGUCCAGAACGGCGUCGUCACUGUGCCGGCCUAUUUCAACGAUUCCCAGCGUCAAGCAACCAAGGAUGCCGGUACCAUUGCCGGGCUGAAUGUAUUGCGUGUCAUCAACGAGCCCACAGCUGCUGCAUUGGCAUAUGGCUUGGAUCGCGACAAGGUCGGCGACAAGGCCGUGGCCGUGUUUGAUUUGGGUGGUGGUACUUUUGAUAUUUCCAUCUUGGAGAUCCAGUCCGGUGUGUUUGAGGUCAAAAGUACCAACGGUGAUACACAUCUUGGUGGUGAAGAUUUCGAUAUCUUGUUGGUGCGAUGGAUGAUCGAUGAGUUCAAGAAGGAGUCGAACAUCGACCUGGGCAGUGACCGUAUGGCCGUCCAGCGUAUCCGUGAGGCUGCAGAAAAGGCCAAGAUUGAACUGUCCUCCACUGUCCAGACCGAAAUCAAUUUGCCCUUCAUUACAGCUGAUGCCACGGGUCCCAAACACAUCAACUACAAGCUGACACGCUCCAAGUUUGAAUCCAUGGUCAAGCCUCUGGUAGACCGUACGGUCGAACCAUGCAAGAAGGCCUUGCGCGACGCAGGUGUUGCAUCAAGCGAUAUCGGUGAGGUCAUUCUCGUGGGUGGUAUGUCGCGUAUGCCCAAGGUACAAGAAUCCGUAAGGUCUCUCUUUGGCCGUGAUGCUACCAAGAGUGUCAACCCUGACGAAGCUGUUGCCAUGGGUGCAGCUAUUCAAGGCGGUGUGUUGGCAGGCAGUGUCACCGAUUUGUUGCUUUUGGAUGUGACACCCUUGUCACUUGGUAUCGAGACUUUGGGUGGCGUUUUCACGCGUUUGAUUAACCGUAACACGACUAUUCCUACCAAGAAGGCCCAAGUCUUCUCCACUGCCGCUGACGGUCAAAACGCUGUCGAUAUCAAGGUUUACCAAGGUGAACGCGAGCUUGUCCGUGACAACAAGAUGCUCGGCAACUUCCAACUGACGGGCAUUCCACCUGCACCUCGUGGUGUCCCUCAAAUCUCCGUCGAAUUCGAUAUUGAUGCUGAUGGUAUCGUCAACGUUAGUGCCAAGGAUAAGGCCACCGGCAAGGAUCAAUCCAUGACCAUUGCUGCGUCCUCGGGUCUGUCCGAAGAUGAAAUUGAAUCCAUGGUCAAGCAAGCCGAGAUGAACGCCGAGCAAGAUCGUCAACGCCGUGACUCUAUUGAAAUGGCCAACCGUGCCGACUCUGUGGUUUCCGAUACCGAAAAGGCCUUGAACGAUUUCAAGGACCAAUUGGACAGUGCCGAGGCCGAGAAGCUUAGAACACAAUUGCAAGCUUUGCGUGAAGAAGCAGCCAAGGCACAGUCCGGUGAUGCUGCUGUACAAUCUACUGAGUUGAAGGCCAAGAUCGAUGAGUUGCAGCAGAGCAGCUUGAAGCUAUUCGAAAUGGUUUACAAGCAACGGGCUGCCCAAGCCGGUGGCGGCGAUGAUGCUGGCGGUAAUGCUGGUGGUGCUGACAGCGGUAACAAAACCUCAGAAGGCGAGUUCCGUGACGUCAAUGAUGGCGACAAGGACAAGAAAUAGAUUAACGUUUUUAUGUGGGACAAAUAUGAUAUGUAAAAAGAAACGAGUACUACCAAUAAAAAAACAAUCAAAAGAUAACGACAAACGAAGUGGAAUAGC